AUGGGAGCUGCAGUCUAUCUUCGAACCUCAACACCAGAAGCAGAACCGACAGUUACUCUCGUUUGUGCGAAGACGAAAGUGGCUCCUCUCAAGAAAUUCACCAUUCCAAGGCUGGAAUUGACUGCAGCAUUGAUCCUCACCGAGUUAGCCGCUCAUGUUCUCAAGGUCUUGGAGCUUGAGAACGUAGAAAUUCAUCUUCGGAGCGACUCAUCAGUGGCUAUCACUUGGGUCAACGGCCACUCAUCACGAUGGAAGGACUUUGUUCAGAACAGAGUCAUUAAAAUUCAGGAAACAUUGCCAACCGCAAAAUGGAGACACAUCAACGGCAUCGACAAUCCAGCGGAUUGUGCAUCCAGAGGGAUUACCCCAGCAGCUCUAGCAGAGCAUCAACUUUGGUGGAAUGGGCCAGAAUGGCUAACACUCCCCCAAGAUCAAUGCCCAGCAUCGACAUUCAACGCAGCUCAAGAAGCUGCCCUCGAAGAAAGACCUUCAACAGCAAGAAAUCAUCCAGUGCGCAUGAACAAUCCUGACGAUUUGCUAAAUCGUUAUGCACCAUGGAGGAGAUUAUUGAGAAUCUCAGCAAUAGUUCAUCGUGUCGUCAAACGUUUCCAACAUCAAGAUGAACCAACAGGACGAAUCAUCACUCCUCAGGAAAUUGAGGAAGGCAGAAUCUACUGGGUCAAGCACACUCAGGAGCAAUACUUCGCUCAGGAAAUCAACACCCUCAGCAACGGAGGAUCACUGCCGGCAAAUCAUCGACUAUCAACAUUGACUCCAUUCGUCGAUGGAGAAGGUGUUCUACGUCUCGGUGGGAGACUAGGACACACCCGCUUGGACCGAGAGGAAAAACAUCCAGCAAUCAUCCCACGUCACUCGAGAAUAUCAACAUUAAUCAUCGAGCAUGCACAUGCACGCAGUCUGCAUGGAGGCACACAACUCACAUUGGCUCACAUCAGACAGAAGUACUGGAUCAUUGGCGGACGCGCCCCAGUACGUUCUCACAUCCUUAAGUGCAUUAUCUGCGCACGUCAUCGAGCAACAAGAGCCCAGCAGAUUAUGGGACAAUUACCAGAGAGAAGAGUGACACCAACAAGGCCAUUUCUCCACUCAGGCGUCGACUUCGCGGGACCCUUCAACAUUCUGAGGUGGAGAGGAUCAGGGGCCAGCACGAAGAUGUACAAAGGACGAGGUAUCUGCGCGACAAUCACCAGCGACAGGGGUACGAACUUCAUCGGAGCUCAACGUCAACUGGGACAACGGUUCGACGAGGCACAACGGGAAUUCAGGGAUCUAGCAUUUCACCUAGCAUCGGAGGGCAACCAGUGGAAAUUCAUCCCUCCUCAUUCUCCACACGUGGGAGGCAAGUGUGAGGCUGCUGUUAAAUCAGUAAAAUACCAUCUUCUUCGCAUCAUGGGAUCCUCAACUCUGACGUACGAAGAAUUUACGACUCUUUUGACUCAGAUUGAGGCGGUCCUCAACUCCAGACCCCUCUGUCCACUUACCAACGAUCCAGAGGACGCAUCAGCCUUGACCCCAGGGCACUUCCUCAUCGGAGAGACACUCAACGCGAUCCCCGAGCCAUCGUUACUGCAACUCAACGAAGCUCGACUUAAUCGUUGGCAACUCAUCACGCAAAAACUACAACACUUCUGGGAUCGAUGGUCUAAGGAAUGUUUGCAUCGUUAUCAGUCCAUAUACAAGUGGAAACAUCCAGUCAACGAUAUUCAACCAGGGACGUUACUCCUCAUCACUGACGACAGGUUUCCACCAACAAAGUGGCCCCUCGCCAGAGUCAUCAACAUCCAUCCAGGAAAGGACGAGCGAACGAGAGUGGUGGACCUCAGGACCUCCACUCAGAUCACAUCUAGAACAAUACAUCAGCUCGUCCCUUUGCCAAUCAACGCAGAUCAUCUGGAAAAUCCAACUGAUUCGAGGACCACAAACUGA